GCUGCUUCUGCUGCUGCUUGGUCCGGCUGGGCUGCCGGAAGGGAGGCCAUGCAGGCUCGCUAUUCGGUGUCCAGCCCCAACUCGCUGGGAGUGGUACCUUACCUCGGCGGUGAGCAGAGCUACUACCGGGCGGCGGCCGGAGGGGGCUACGCGGCCAUGCCUGCCCCCAUGAGCAUGUACUCGACUCACCCGGCAGCUCAUGAGCAGUACCCCGGCGGAGGCGGGGGCCCCGGCGGCAUAGGCAGACCGUACGGGCCGUACCCGCCGCAGCCGCAGCCCAAGGACCUGGUCAAGCCGCCCUACAGCUACAUCGCGCUCAUCACCAUGGCCAUCCAGAACGCGCCCGAGAAGAAGAUCACGCUGAACGGCAUCUACCAGUUCAUCAUGGAGCGCUUCCCCUUCUACCGGGACAACAAGCAGGGCUGGCAGAACUCCAUCCGGCACAACCUCUCGCUCAACGAGUGCUUCGUCAAGGUGCCCCGCGACGACAAGAAGCCCGGCAAGGGCAGCUACUGGACCCUCGAUCCGGAUUCCUACAACAUGUUCGAGAACGGCUCCUUCCUCCGCCGCCGCCGCCGCUUCAAGAAAAAAGACGCCGUCAAGGACAAGGAGGAGAAGGAGCGCCUCCAGCUGAAGGAGCCGCCGCCACCGCCUCAGCGGCACCAGCCGCAAGAGGGAGGCCCGCAGCAGCAGCAGCAACAGCAGCAGCCGCCUCCCCCCGUCAGACUUCAGGACAUCAAGACAGAGAACGGCUCGGCGUCUCCCCCGCAAGCCCUGUCCCCGCUGAGAGGAGCGCCCGUGCCCAAGAUCGAAAGCCCGGAGAGCUCCAGCACCAGCAGCCUCUCCAGCGGAGGAGGAGGAGGAGGAGGCGGCAGCCCGCGCGGUGGCCGAGCGCUGGGCUUGGAAUCCAGCGGAGCCGCCGAGUCCCAGCCGCCGAGUCAGCACCACCCCCAUCAUCCUCACCAGCACCAGCACCCCCACCACCAUCAUCCGCACCCCCACCACCACGCCGCCCUCCAUCACCCCCCGGCGCACCAUCUUCCCGGCGGUGGGGGCUUCAGCGUGGACAACAUCAUCAUGACUUCCCUGCGCACCUCGCCUCAGGGCGCCCCCGCCGAACUCCUGGCUUUGCCGCCGUCCGCCACUUCCUCGGCGGCCUCCUCCUCCUCCUCUUCCUCGUCCACCGCCUCCACCUCCAGGACAGCCGCUCUAGCCUUGAGCAGCAGCUGCUAUUCCCCGGCGGCGGCGGCGGCGGCUCAGAGCUCGCUCUACAGCGCCCCCUGCAGUCAGGGCGUCAACACCACCAGCAGCUCGGCAAGCGCGGCCUCGCCGGCGGGCGGCUGUACCACCACCAGCACCAGCACCAGUUACCACUGCAACUUGCAGGCCAUGAGUCUCUACGCGGCCGCCGGUGCGGCCUCAGGGGGAGGGACGGGGCUCAACAGCGGAGGGGACCGAAGCGGCGGGGGCCACUUGGCCAGCAGCCCCGUCGAGCCGGACCCGCUGCCCGAGUACAGCCUGGCGGCCAGCAGUAGCAGUAGCGCCUCUUCCCUCAGCUUGAGCCCUCAGGAGGGGCACCCUCAAGGCGGCGGCCGCUUGGCCUCUUGGUACCUCAACCAAGCCUCGGCGGUAGGCGAGCUGACGCAUUUGGGCCCCGCUUCGGCUACGUCGGCCUCCUCCUCCUCGCCGGCGGCGGUCUACUCGGGCCAGCAGCAGAACUUCCAUGCCGUGAGGGACAUGUUCGAGUCCUCCCAGCGCCUGGGCUUGAACAACUCUCCUGGCGGCAACGGCAGCGGCUCGGUGAGCAGCUGCCAAAUGGCCUUUCCCGCCAGCCAAAGCCUUUAUCGCCCUUCAGGCGCCUUCGUCUACGACUGCAGCAAGUUUUGACCGCCGGCAGCGGGGGAAGGGAAAGAGGCGCCGAGCCCAGCCAGCGAGCGGGGAGGCUGAUAUGAAGAACUCCCGUUCGGGCCCUUCCCGGCCUUCCUUCCCCCACCAAACCAAAGAGGGGGAAAAAAACCCCCAAAACUAUUCCGUGCAAAGACGGCGUUUGCCCAGUAAAUAAUUAUUAAGUCUAUGGUUUGUUUAAGGACAGUGUUACACCAAAUAACACGUAAGUUUGUAUGCUUUUUCUCCCCCCCCCCCCUUUUUUCUUAUAAAACCUCCCCCCCUCCCCCCCCCCCCCCCCAGUUUCCAUCUGCGCGCUCUCCCUGCGCCAGACUGCUUGGAUGGCUGCCUGCCUUGCGCUUGACUGGUUGGAUGGCGACCCGAGGAGGCGCAUCCCCGCAACUGAGCGCGCAAGGCAGGCCGCGAAACGAGACUCCCAAAACACGGGUGGGAGUUUUGCCGUUUGAUUCCAGCCAGGGCUCCUCGCCCCUCUGUGAACCAGGCGCAUCGCCUUUUCCAAAAAGCAGUAAGAAUGCCCGUUUUUGCCCGUUGACUCCUACGCAACCUGGAUUGCGCAGUACACGCGUUGUUUCUUCUCUCCUUUUCUUCACCUUUUCUCUUGCUCUCUUCCUCUCCCCCCCCCCCCACCCCGGUAAAGGACUGUUUUGUACACAAAGACUUGUUUUAAAGUGUAAAUGGAACAUAGUAAUUUAUUUUUAAAUCUGUUGUUGAAUCGUUCGGACCAAACAACAAAAAUGUUUGCCCCACUCCUUUAUCAGAAAAAAAAAAAAAAAAACCGCUUGACUUUAAAAUGACCUGAAACGCUCAUUUUCUUCUUCUUCCAUUAUAUAUAAAAAAGGGGGAUUGUAUUAAUCUUAUUUUAUCAUUUUAUCAUUUUUCCUUUUGUUGUUGUUGAAGAUACCCUUGAAGUUAUUGACUAUGUUUAUUAAUAAAUUACCAUUCAAUUGGACCAAAA